CUUGAUUUCAGAAAUAGUAACUCUGAGAAGCUCAAUCUGUAGUUUCUCUUCUGUGGCAUAUUUGCGCCCUGCUGAGAAUACUGCUGAGUUGAGUCUGCAGAGUUCUGCAGUUUCUUUGUCUUCUCUCUGUGAGAAGACUUCAGUGCAGUCUCUGAUCAGUAUCAUCACAUAUCUGCACUGCACUAAGCAGCUGAAGAAAGAGGGGAUUUUAUAUACUCACUUCUUCUCUCACUUCUGUUAUUUCUGUUAUACUUGUAACAAUGACUUCUAUCUCUCU